AUUAUCAUGUACCUUCAAUUCUCCAAAUGAUCCAGAUGGACAGAAUGAUAUCUUUUGGGACCAGAAUUCUCCAAUGACAAAACAGUAAAGGAAGAAAAAAGCAGAUUUACACCACAGAUAGUGAUGUGAUUUCACAUAUUGUUAAUCGUAUUGCUCCUCAGGUUGACAAACCAACAACUAAUUCUAUGCUGGGCAUCUGGAUUGGUGAAACUGCUAUUCCCUGUACUCCCACUGUAGCAAAGGAAAAAUCAAGAGUAAAAAUGAGCUGCACAAAGUUAAAAACACAAAAUCGAGAAAAAGAACUUAUGAAACUGGCUGAACAAUUUGAUAAAAAUAUGGAAGAACUAGAUGUGAUUCAAGAACAAACCAAGAAGGGUCUUGAUUUUAUCCAGAUAAUUUCAGACACAGAGACUUCGCCUAAUUGUAAAGAUUGUGUACAGAUGCAUUCAUCAUGUGAUACAGUUCCUGAAAUGGAUAAUGCUACAUUAAAGAAGCCAAUGGAAGGAAACACCUCGCUGUCUGGGGCAAAUGAUCAAACCAACAGUCAGAAGCCAUUUGAUCAAAGUGUUGAAGCAGCCUUUAAUGCAAUUUUUGAUGGUUCUACUCAGAAAUGUAGUGGACAGCUAAGCCAAGAUCUGUCACAAGCUUUUUUGUACAACAUUGAUACUACUUUGGGGGAAAAAAGUGCUUUGACAAAGCAGAGUAUCAUUACUAAUGAAAGUCUAGUCACUGAAACACUGCCAAGUAAAACCACAGUACCACUUUUUCCUCAAGUGGAUAUUCCCACAAUGACAAAAUCCUGCGUGACUCCCAAAACUGAGGAGGAGGAAGGGUCUGAUAAGCACAUGGUUGCAUUUACUGCCAGUGAUUUUGAGGAAGAUUGGGAAAGCUUACUAAGAAAUGAGCCUUUUGCUAUGCAAAAUACUGAAAUGCUUGAACUUCUGCCUUCCAAAACUUUUCAGGUUAACGGUGGAUCAAGAAUGAAUAUAAGUCUAGAUACCAGGUUAAGAAAUUCAAAAAUACUACAAGAUCUUCCUUCAAACACACAUAACCAAGACCUAAUAGAUGCUAAAGAAUACAGAUUUUCACCAAAUCCAAACAGUAAAACAAGCAAAUUACCACUCACUGGAAACAGAAUGAAAUUUGCAAAGUCUUUCAAUGAAAUUGUUAUUCAAGACAAAACUCAGGAUUGUGCAGUUGCAUCUAAACUGAAAAAAGUAAAAGAAAAUAUUCACGCGAACUUUACUUCCAAUAUACAUGCUUCUGAAAAAAAGUCUUUGAAUGCACAAUCCUCUAGUGAACAAAGAAAUAAGCCCAUUUUUAAGCAUUUUUUCAAAGCACCUGUUAGUAUUGACCCUUUUGGUUCUGCAACGUUAGUCAGUGAAACCAGUGUUAGUAACUCAAGUCAGACUAAUGCAUCAAAGUUAGACUCUUUCUUUGAUGAUUGGAAUGAUCCAUUAUUUGCUAAUGAAAUUAUUAAAGCGUGUCAUAAGUUAGAGACUACUUGGGAAACAAGUGAUGUAGAUGAUGAUUUGUUAUAUCAAGCAUGUGAUGAUAUUGAAAGACUGACCCAGCAACAAGACAUAAAGGACAGCAAGAGUAGUCUUGAGAUCAGUAAUUCCAAACUUGGAGCCAAAAGUAUGUCUACUGUGUCUAAAGGAGGAAGUCACUUGGAGCAACCACAGCAUUUAAAUCUGGGCAGCAUUUCAGUACAGACAUCUUUCUUGACAGAUAACUCACAAAUUGGUAAACCAAUGAUGAUGGAGAAAAGGGAAACGUGUGGAAAUUCUCCACAUAUUUUGGGAACAACAAAUUUGACCAUGUACUCUAAGAACUCAAAUUGUGAGAUGAAUAAUGUGCAUGUGUCUUGGAGUCAUUCUGAUGUUCCAGUACAUGUGACUAGUUCCAAAUCAGUCCUUUCAAGAAGUUCAGAUUUGAAUGUGAGCUCAGAUCACACUAACACAGAAAUUGUUACUAGUAAGAAACCAACUACUCAGCAACUAUCCCAUAUAGCCAUGACAGAUGAAACUCAGAGUGACCUUAACAAAACAGGUAGAUCUUCAAAGUAUACAUUUACAAAGCUGAAAAAUUCUCAGAUUCUUUCUCAGCUCAAUCAGAAUUGUAUAGCAGAACAUAUGACUGCUACCAAAAUUACACGGAGUUUAGAGAAAAAGAAAACUGUCAACUCAUGGGAGUCUGACCGACAGCAGUCUUUGAUGAAGCUUUGUGAAUCUUUGAAAGAGUCUUCAAAAGAGGAAGAGGAAAAAUAUAGAAAGUAUUCCCCUGAAGAAAUUCAGAGAAAACGACAAGAAGCAUUGGUUCGAAGAAUGGCCAAAGCCAAGGCAUCAUCUGUAAACUCAGCUCCCAUUCAAUUUCUUUAAAGAAAUAUUGGUUGCAAGACAAAAACUAUUGACUAUCUGUGAUAGGAAGGUUUUCUUUUAAUUUCUCUGUGAGAAACUUAAUGCUGUCUUUUAAAGCAUGGACUUCUGUAUUAUUUAAUAAACCAGUGUUUGCAAUGAUGAAUGAAACUUUGGGGCUAUAUAUGAAAAUAAUUAAAAAGUUAGAGAAAUUCUGGAACAUUAGGAAUUAUGUAAUAAAAUUAUACUGAGGAAUAUAGUUGUAUUUUUAAGUCUUCCUCUUGCAGAGGAUCAAAAAAUAAUUACCUAAUUUUUUAUUAUGUCUUUUGCUAAUACUGAGCUUUGACUUCGUAAGUUAAUAGACACUAUUACAGUUUUAUUUCAGUAGCUGUUACUUAAGGUUUUCAUGCAUUUCCAAAUUUUAAUUAAUAUUUCUAUUUUCCCAGGAACAUGCUUAGUAGGAAAUAAGAAUGUCAAUUCUGUUUGUAACGAAAUUUCUAUUUUCAGUUCUUAGUCAAAGUGGAUUUGAUUUUGGGUAUUUCUAAACUGUGAUAUAGUUUGGAAACUACCAUUUUUAGUAAAAACACUUGGUUUAGGAAGUGUAGAAAAAGAAUAGUGGAUUAGCUGUAUUCAGUAAGUAAUCUAGUGUCAUUAAUGUUUACACCUAGCAGAAACUUUAGAUAUCAUCUGAUGUACAUUAUUGUAUGGGUGAGGAAAAUUACUGCUGUUACUUCCAACAUCAUAGGCAAAUUAAAGCUGUGCUUGUAUUACAGUGAUCUCUGAAUAUCUAAACUGUUAAUACCAUUUGCUUCAAACUAGUAAUCUGUAAAAUAACUUGGAAGAACAUUAAUUAUUUUACACUACAAAGAAUACAGUUAAAAGCACAUCAAAGACUAUUUAAUAGCAGUGCUUAUUGUUCAUUAUUUUAAAGAAUUAAUCUUACCAGGAUAUAUGACUGAGCUUUUUCCUUUUGGUUUUCCUGCAAUUUUCUUCCCAAUUAAUUAGCUUUACCAGCCCCCUCCCCCUUUUGCCUUCUUGGAAUUAGUUGUGCCAAUAAUAGCCAUCUAACUAGAGGACAUAACGCAGUAAGAAUGCUUUAUUUGUCUUAAGUGACCUUAGGAGACCUUAGAGAGGUUACAGAUACGAAAUACAUCCGAUGGUUUUUGGUUGUUUUAGAGCUGUAAUGACAUGGUAGCUGUUGCUUUUUGGCUGUGUAUCACUUUAUAAGUACUGUAAUAUUUUUGUAUAGAUUUUAAGUAGCCUGUAUUGCCUAGAAAUAUAUAAUGCAGAUAAGUUGAUAUGUGAGAAAAUGAAGAAAAGCUCUUUUUUUAUGAAGUGACUUCACUGUAUUUUGACUAUGCCUUGAAUAUCUGUGAGUGAAUUUGAACAGAAUCAUGUUGCAGAGAUUCUUUCCUGCCCCUCUUGAAUCUAUUUGACUCUGGUUGCCUGAGGUUUAGAAUUGGAAAACGUUAAAAAAAAAAAGAAUUGAAAAAUGUGUCUAGCAACAGUUAUAUUUAGUUUAACACUUGGGUAAUGUGAAUGAUAAUUUAUUUAAAAUCUGACUGUUUUCAAUUACUAUUGCCAUUGUGAUUGUAAUCACUUGUGGGAUUCAAACACAAAAUAUCAGACUUGCCUUUGUGCCUUUUUAGACCUCACAAAUGAGGUAUAUGGAACUGAGUUCAGGUGUGCCCCCUUGUAAAGUCCACAAGAAAACCGUAUUUGGUAAAUCUAACAUUGGUAAAUGUUUUAUUUACUAGAAAUGGUUUUAAGCACUUUAUGUAUUGAACUCACUUUUCAAAAUGACUGUACAAAGUAACAUUUUCAUGCAAAUAAGGAAAGGAAAUAGUAACUAUCAAAAUUACAAUUAGAAACAAGUUGGAACUGAAGUUUGAAUUCAGGUAGUAUAAUACCAAAAACUGAUUUUUUAAGGUGCAGGUGAGAGUUUAUUAAAUCAGGACUGGAGAAGGUACAGCACAAAUUGAAGCAUGCAGCACCCAAACUGAACUAAAUCUAAGAUUUCUGAAAAUCACCUGCUAAUUCCACCUUUGGCCAAUUUCUGGCAUAACGGCACAGUGGCCUGUCAGAAGAGAGGAGGAAGUAAGUCUUGGCUGGGUUUUGUAAUGAUCUCUGCAUAGUUUUCAAAGCCUGGCCAAAGGUUUAUUGUUGAGUCUUCAUAGUAGACACAGCUGCAAGUAGAAAGAUGGCUGUGACAUCACAGCCCUGAUGCACAUCAGGAGCUGGGAGUUCUAGCUGGGGCCUGGAUGAGAGCAGAACAGGCCGUGGGUGAGGGUAAACUUUGUGCUAAGCAACCUGUCACUACCAUUGGGUUUUCACAGGUCCCAGAAAGGAGCUUUUUCUUGAAGACUGUUUCUGUAGCCAGUGAGGCUAAAGCUUUCAAUGAUCAGGGACUGCACUGGUUCAAAGGGAGCCUUCAGAGUCACCAGGCCAGGAGUUAUCAUUGUGGUCAAUAUAAGUAUGAGAAAAGCCCCAAAACUGUGAUGGGCAGGAGGACUGUACUGAGGAUUGAACCUAGGACCUUUGCACUGAGCAGAAGUUCCCCAGCUCUUGUUUUUUGGUUUGAGAUAGGACUUAUAUUGCCUGGGUUGGGCUCCAACUUGGAAUUCUCCUGCUCUCCGAGGUUUGGGAUUACAACUGUGUGCACCAUACCAGGCUGUGACUUUAAAUGUUGAUUGUAAUAACCAGUGAUCUACUGAAAUUAUCUGUACAGCAAAAUAUUAAAGCAUUCCAGUCAGUUAUACCAGAAAUUUCAUGAGUAGUCUAUAGAUUUCUUAAUUUUCUAGCUCAAGAAAAUUCUUUCUUUUUUUCCUUUUCUAAUUCAUGUUGCAAAUGACUGCUACACUUUGGAUGUGUAAAUGCUGACUAUAUGAAUGUACAUGUACAUACAGGUUGCCUUUUUUCAGUCAAAUGUUAGAAGAAUAGGGAGUAAAAUGCAGUUAUUUUUAAUUGUCUUCAUUUUACUUCAUUAUUUUAGUAACUUCUGGAUGUUGUGGCUUUAGAUCCAUUGAGGACAAACUUAUUUCCUACUCCGAAACAUAAUAUACGUCAGUGGUGGUGAGCCUGUGACACAUAUGCUGCAGCAGACUGUCACUGAAAGCUGUAAGAGGUUCUCCGUCACUGGUAGACCUCAAGCUGCUAGUAAAACUCCAAGGUGAGUAGAUAAGUUAACGCUGCUGGUUAGCUAUACAAAAUAGAGUGAUGGUGUUCAAGUAUUUUACAGGCCUUUUUCUACUCCUCUGAGUUGAAGUCUCUAAAAACCUUGCUGUUACGUGCAUUCUCCCUAUUCAUAUUUACAUAUUAGAAGUUAUAUUUAUUGAUAUUUUAAAUGAACUAUCACAUGUGAGCACACAUCUUUAAUAUUUUCUAAGAAACUUGAGAAAAAUACAUUGUUUCUGUCUUUGUUAAGUCUUUGAUGUGUGACUGCAUCCUAUAGCUGUCGUUAAAUGUUUCUGCAUUUAAUUUGUUAGAAGAUGUUACAGUUGAAAUGUAUGAAGAAAGUCCAGUCUCACACAGAUAGGUACUGUAGGUAGGAAAGGAAGAGAUACAACAUUCUUUUCGGGUCAGCCUUAGGUGUUCUUUGAUUGUACACUAAAACUUGCAAAGUGGUAGCUUUGUAAAGGUUAGUUCCAAGAAGAAAUAACAAAGACUGCCUGUUAUAGUACUCUUUUGAUUGAAACCACCCAGUAAAGAAAAAAAAAAAAACUGGACUUUAAGGCAGGAUAUCAAGAGAUUAGGAAAGUGGAAAUGUGGAUCAACACAAAAGAAUCCUGAGCAACAGAAGUGAUGAACAUGUAGGUAACUGUAAUAGAUUUUUUAAAAGUUAUUGGAAUCUCUUUAGAAAAAGUUGGUUAAAAAUACUAAGAGUCUGGUGGAGUUCAUAGCAUAUAAUAUUUAAAUACAUGGCAAUAGCAUGAAGAUGAGGAGAGAAAGGGUUAUUUCUUAUUUUGUACUCUUGACAUGCUUGAGUCAUUAUUCCCCAGCAACACUUCACUUCCUGGGGGAUUUUUGUUCUGAUUUUUGGUACUGGAGGUUGAACCCAGGACCUUUACCCUGAGGUGUGUUCCCAGCCCUUUUUGUUCUUUGAGAUAGUCUUGCUAAAUUGCCAAGGCUAGGCUCCAGUGUGGGAUCCUCUCACCUUAGCCUCCAGAAUGCUAGGAUUACAGGCACACACCAUCACUUCCACUUCAGCAUUUCUGUUCGCACAGUGCAUUAGCAUUCUCCAGAGAAGGAGAACCAGUAGGCUGUGUACACAGUAUUACUGGCUUGGCUUGCAUGUUCGGAGCUUGGCUAAACUCGCAGUGGCUGUGUGCAAGCUGGAGAACGAGGUAAACCUGUAGCUAAUUAGCUUUAAAAAGGUGGAAGCUUCAGAGGGACCAACAGCACGGUCCAGUCCAAGGCUGAAUGCCUGGAAGCCCACUGAAGAGCAGCGUGAGUUCACAUUCAGAGGAUAAAGAAGCUGGUGUCUGAUGUAAUGGGCAAUGGCAGCAGUGAGAAAGCACACUCAUGAAGGACCCAGCUUGCAUGAGUGGCCCUACUUGGCCUUUCUGCUUUUUGUUUUAUCCAGGCCUCAGCCUGUUAAUUGCUGCCACCCAUAUUCCAGGUCAGUCUUCCCCCUCGUUGCUGACCCACAUGCUAAUGUCUCACAGUCACACUCAGUGUUUACUAUUUUCUAGGCAUCUCAGUCCAAGAUCGACCAUCACAGUAUAUUAACUGAAUAAUUGUAUAAUGUACUGAUUGUACAGCUUGCUCAGUCUACUGGUCACUACAUAAAUACAUGAGUGAUCAGUCACGUUGCUCCUUUCAAAAUCUGUCUGUGAUUGGUUAUUGCCUUUUUAUAAUUCAGCUUGUACUCUGAAAGCAAAGUUUGUUGUGUGCUGUUAUUUUCUCCUUCCAAUAAAUUCAUCUGACAUGUUAAAAAAAUGUAAACUUGGAAUUAACCAAUAAAGAUGAAAAUAUCAAAAACCAAAAAGUGUAACAUUGGAAGUGAAAAGACCAACAUAAAUGGAGUUAUAAAAGCAAUAGCUGUGGAUGAGAGUGUUGGCACUUUUUCAGAAGACUAAGCACUCAGAAGAACUUAGUGCUGGCAAACUGACCAGCAUGAAUGGAGUGACUGUGAUUAAAAGAAUGAAGGUGGUCAGACAUGGUGGCACAGGCUGAGGCAGGAGGAUCACCAUUGAGUUUGAGGCAGCUACAUAGCAAGAUGCAAGAUCUUGUCUCAAAAAACCAAAAAAAUAAAGAAUAAAGAUGUCCUAGAGAAUGUGACUGGCAAGAAACUGCAUGAGAGGAGCUCUCAGCUAUUUAAUGACACUAAAAAGUUUGAUGGCAUUAAAAGUUUAAAAUGUAGGAAGUUGACCAAAACGUGAAUAAGAGUACAACACCACAGAAGACUAAAGGUGCUGCAUUUUAAAUGAGGAAGAAAAGCAGUGUUAAAACUGCAUGACUAAUUCUUUGCAGAAAAAGAAAAUUAAUACUUUAUACAUUUAAAGACAAACGAUUUCUAGACAUUCACUACUAACUCAGGUCUUUUAGUUUUUUAAAGUCACAGAACAUUGGUAAAAUUCCCCAUAGAUUCAAAGACGGCUUUUGUGGUUUUGGCUUGCAUGGUCAUUUUUACAGUUCGGCAGUCCGUGCGAGAUGUCAACUGCAGUAACGUAUACUAUGCAUGAAGUGGUGUCAUAUAACCCGUAGGUAAAUUGAUAAAUUGAAGACUUACACUAUAAACCCUAAAGCAACUGCUACUAAAGAGUUAUAACUAGUAUAACCCAACCAGAAAAUAAGAUGGGAUAAUAAAAACAAUCCUAGAAGAGGUAGAAAAUGGGGGCAGGACAGGGGGGACCAAUGGAACACAGAAAACCAAUAGCAGUGUGAUAAAGACCUAAACAUAAUCAUAUGUGUACUCAUGUAGAAUGUAAGUAGUCUAAGGACUCCAAGUAAAAUUCAGAGAUGGUUAGAUUGGGUUAAAAAACAUUGCAUCCACACAUGGCUCAGUGAUGGUCAUAUGUUCUGAGAACUGCAUUAUGUGACCUCAUUGUGCAAAUAUUGCAGAGUGUACUUAAACUAAUUGGCUGUGAUGUCACCAGAUGAUACUAUCUCAUUGGGCCACCAUCAUAUAUUCAGUUCUUCAUCGACCAAAAAGCCAUUAUGUGGGGCGUGACUAUAUGUGAUGCCUACGAAAAGACACUUGAAGUUCAAAAACACUAGUGGGCUAAAUUAAAGAUGGUAAAGAUUUAUCAUGCAAAAAAACUAUUGGCUGGUCGUCAGUAUCAGACAGAGGAAAUUUUAUAGCAAAGAUAAUUAUGAAAGGUGAAAAUCAUACAAUGAUGAAAUAAAUAGUCAAGAGGACAUAACCCAAAUAUCCAUGCAACUAAUAAUAGGUUAAAAAUACAUAAAAGACAGAAAAUUACAAAACAAUUUAAACAAAUUCUAUGAUUCUAAAUAAAGAUUUGGUUGAGUCUCUUGUACAAUAUCUACUUUGAGUCAUAUGCAAAAACAAUAGAUUUUGUAUUUGUGUGCUACUAUUGUUAAUAUAUCUUAAGAAUCAUAAUGCUUCAAUACCAAAAUUUUAACUAGGAGGCUUUUAUUACACUACUUGAUAAAACAGAAAGCUUUACAUGUAAAUUUAUAUUAAAUAUUUAUAGUACAUAAAUAUGAUUGACAUCUAUAGGAGUUCUGUGAAUUAUUCUUUUGAAAACAAACUUUGUAAUAAUAAUUUCCUAUUUUGACUUUUUUUAUGCCUAUAUUCCUGCAAAAACACCAAUGAUAGUACAUAUACUUUAUGUUCGAAAUACUAGAAAUGAGAUUUUUGACAUGAUGCAAGCUAGCAAUAGCCUGUAAGCUUUGCUGUAUAAGAUUCCUAGCUUUUACUGGUAUAUAAUUUUUGUUAAAUAAAAUAUUUAAUUAAUACUUGAAAAAACUUAAAAAGAACUUUGUUCAAACAUUUUUAUUUCAGCUAGCUAAAAAGAGAUUAUACAAACAUCACUAUCAUUUAAAAUACAUUCUGUGUUCAAUUAUGCCAUCUUGUAUCAUUCUUUAUUAAUAUUUGUUCAGGCCUUCACUUUUCUGUGCUCAUUACAGUCAUUUAUGUGAGCAAACAAGUCAGUGAUACACUUCAGUAUAAUGUAAUUGCCUUUUUAUACAUAUUCAGUCUGCUUAUACAUAUAGGUUUUGAUUUAUCUUCUGGUGGAGACUUUUUAUUUUUCUAGCAUGCAACUAUAAAAUUUCAUUAAAUUUGGCUUUCUUU